CACACACACACACACACACACACACACACACACACACACACACACACAGAGAGGCAGCUCCGCCUCCUCUGCAGUGUAGUGACAGCAGCGAUGGAGGAGGCAGCAGUGCAGCAGGAAAAGAUGGAGGGAUCUCGGGAACAGGUGCAUGACGGAGGAAAGGCAGACUGGAAAAAUGACUGCUCCUUCUCCAACCUGCUGAAACAUUCCUGCCUCCUGUGCUGGUCGUCUCCUCGGGACACAGACGUCAUCGAGAUGGAUGACAGAGUGCUCUCCAAGGCAGCUGAGAUCAGAGUAAGAAGACCGCAGCACCUCCCUCUGGAACUAGAGAAUGCUGUGACAGUGGAGAACUUGGAGCUCCAGGAGCAGCAGUCAGACCGCCAGGAGCUGGAGGAAACCCUGCAGAAACUAGAGAAGCACAAAGACAAGCUGAUUCAGCAAAUAAAAGCUACCAGGCAGCUCUGCUAUGAAGAAAGUCAGAAGAUCUUGUCUCUACAAGCUGAGGAGGCCCAGAAGGAGAACCAGGUGGAGGAGUUUGAACGAGAACUUGCCCGAGCCAGGUGGAGACUGAAGAAGCUCAGAGAGGAGGUGAAACAAGCUAAGAAGAAGGUGGAGGAGGCUGGAGAGAGGAACACACCCUUACAGGACUCUAUCAGACAGUCCUAUGAAGAAAUCCUGCAGGAAGAGAACACUCUGUGUUCGUUGUCAGGAGGUGUUGUCACUCCUGAGAGCCAGCUGGAGGAGUCCACCUCUCCUGCAGACACCACUGAAGAAGACCCUCUUCCUCUGAGGCCAUGGGGGAGGAGCCAGUCACUGCCUGCUUAUGCAGACCUAAUAAUGGGCGGUGUUGGGUUGUCCUUAUGUAACAACCUGGCAGGUACCAGAGAAGAAGAUGACAGUGGGACCAGCUCACCAAAGGACAUGGACAGAUCAGACAUAGAUGAAGACCCAGAGGACACAGAGAUACACAACACAGGGGGCAAGAAGAUGGAGGAAGGGUCUACUUUGAACCCCAACCUCCUGAGCCAACUGGACUUCUACCAAGACAACCCGUUUACUCACUGCCAGGCUGAUGAUGAUCUCUUCAACGAAGACCUGUUUACUAAAACAGACUCAUCAGAUGGAUUUGCUUCAGACCCUUUCAAAGGCAGCAACCCUUUUGCAGCGGAUAUUUUGUUUCCGGAUGCAGUGGCGGACUCUAACGAUGCUGCUGGAAAUGUUGGUGAGGAUGAAGACGUCAGUCUGUCCUGCGCUGAAAACAAAGCCUCAACAGGAACUCAGUGCUUUGAGUCAGAAUUCCCAGAAGAAGACAGCGACAUCGAGAUCAGCUACAGCAGAGAAGACUUGGAAACCAUUGAUGUUGGACCUGAAUCCUGCAGCUUUAAACCCAUCCAGAGCUCAUCAGAAGAACUCAUGCCUGAGCUGAGACACAACUGGAAGUCUGAGGGUCAGCCGUCUGUAGAAUCUGACCCUAACGGUUAUGAGCUGGAUCUUUGUCCUGUGUCCCCUCCCUCUGACAUAGAGGAACAGAGCGUUGGGUCUCUGGCAGACCGGACUGUGACUGAGGCAAAGGAACAAGGUGUGAGUUCUUGCCCAGCUGAAGGUUUCCAUCAGCACAGUGAACAUUCAGAGCUGGAGCUCGAUUGGACAGAUGACAUAAAUCAAACUCUGCCCUGUGACUCAAGCUGCAAUAAAACUGAAGAGGUUUGUAACGUCAUACAGAACCCUCAGAACCCUGCACCUCCCCAGAACUCACUGGACUCUCAGAACCUCGCUCAGCCUGAUUUGGAACAAAAUGACUUCGAGUUGAACUACGAACCAAGCUGCCAGCCUUCCUUUGACCCGUAUGGGUUUAAACUCAGUCCAGAACAUUCUCAACACUCCUUCCUUGACCCAGAUGAAGCUGAUCUGAGCCCAAAAUCGAUUGAAAAUAUCAUGAGCUUCGAUCCUGAAGCCUCCUCUUCUCCACCACAUGAACUGAACUUUGAUCCUUACGGGUUUGAAAUCACUGCCUCUCAGAUGGUACGUGACUCCGAUCCUUAUGGCUUUAAGCUCAGUCCUGAGGAAGAGAACCAGGAGGUCCUGGACCUUUGUGAUCAUGGUGACCUGGAGGUGAUGGGCCUUUGCACCUAUGAAGAUAAUGAGCAAAUGGAGAACUUUGACUUUGCCAAUCAGGAAAUACUAAAACCUCACACUUAUGAAAACCAAGAAGUGUUUCAACCUUGUGACCAGAAUUUUCCAACGCUGCCAUAUUCUGGAAACCAAGAAGUGACAGAGCCCUGUCACUGUGAAAACAAUGAGCUGGAUGCUGAUAAAAACCAGGAACUCGCUGAUUUUAGCGGUCAUGAAAACCAAGAAGUGUUGGAGCCUUGUUCCAGUACCAGCCAUGAGGAAUUCCUUGAACUUUGUAGCCAUGAUAACCAAGAAGUGCUGGAAACUUGUGACCAUGUUAAUCAGGAACUGUUGGCAUUCUCCCAUCCUGAAAAUCAAGAGGUGCCGGACUUAGAUCAGUAUGAGAAUCAAGAGCUUUUGAGUUACGACAACAAAGAAAAUCUAGAUCUGCUCGCAUCAGAUAAUCAUGAGUAUAAGGAAGUUCAGGAGCUCAGUAUCAAUGAAAACCAGCAGCUACUUGAUUUAGACACACAUGAAAACCAGGAGGACCUGGACUUGACCAACACAGAAAAUCCUCUUGAAGGAAACAACAACCAGAGUCCUGUAGAAGCAGAGGCCGAUCUGAGUUCUUCUAAUAACAGCUCAGACAGUGAUCUGGGAUCAGAGAAUCUACUGGGACUGGAACCCAGCAACACAAACAUAUGUUCUGCCACCACAGACAGACUUCAUAAGACCAUCAGCAAUGUGUCAGCUGCUCAGAGUGUGUUCAACCCUGCAAACAGCCACAGUCUUUUAGAAGGGGAUUUGGGAUCAGUCUUCGGUGCUGGGGGAUACAUCGGUUGUCCUGAUGUUGCUGAUGACCUUGAGCCCCUGGGCAGAAGGCAGGAAAACCCACAACCUGAGCCAACACCUCCAGUUAGACCAGUCAGGCCUCCUCGACCAUCUCUGAGGGCCAAGGAGAAGAAGGCGCCACCUGAAGGCAUCGACCUGAAGUGAUGCAACAACCUUCACUCAAGAAAGCCACUCGUCUGCAGCAACUCAUGACAGCAAAGGCAACAAAAAACCAGAAGAGAGCGGGAAAUAAAAGUAAGAGAAGUGACGAAGUGGAUCCAUUUCAACAGACCAACAAAACAAGCAGAGAAGAGGAAGAGAUUGUUGUUAUUCCUGACAGGAAAUGAUUUUACACCUCACAAAAACAUCCCUCUAGUUUUGUUUAAUGUGGUUAUUUACAGCUGUCAGAAUAUCAAAGUGGACAUUCUUUAGAGUGCUUCAACAUAAGAGGAAGUAAAUGAUCUAGUUUUUACCCUGUCAGUCUUAAAGGAUCAGAACUUGUGGUUUUCUUGAUGUUUUGUCUUGAUGAAAAGUCCUCAGAUUUUAUUUAAUAUAUUCAGACUUUAUCCCACAGAAACCUGUAUAUAAAUGGAAAAUUCAA